AUGGCUGAGGAAAAAUUCUUGUUUGAACCACCCAGUGAUGAAGAAAUCGAACUUGAAAGUGAUAGCGAAAGCCAAUCUGAUGAAGUAGAUGAAGAAGAAGCAGAAGAAGCUCAGUCGGAAGACGAAAAAAUUCGACCAAACAAGAAAUCGCAGUCGCCAUGGGAUUUCUCUUCCUACUCUGAAUCAGUAGCUGAUGAACACUUCAGGCGCAGCACCACCUCCAUUGACGAAAAAAUUUCCAAUGCCCGCCUGCGCCACCCUAUCCCAACCACCAAUACCGACUCUGAAGAAUAUUCUGAUUCGGAAUCGGAACCCCACCAUCAAGAGUACAGGCCGGACGAGGAGGAGGAAGAGGAUGGCGAUCCGACAACAAGUGGGAACGACUCUAAGUCAUUCUUUUCGCCGGUGGAAGGCGUGUCAUUCCAUGCAAAUUCGUUUUUGGAGCUGCAUCUUUCCAGGCCGUUGCUUCGGGCAUGUGAAGCUUUGGGCUAUAGUAAGCCCACCCCAAUCCAGGCUGCUUGUAUUCCAUUGGCCUUAACUGGGCGUGAUAUAUGUGGGAGUGCUAUUACUGGUUCUGGAAAGACUGCUGCUUUUGCUCUACCAACAUUGGAAAGAUUAUUAUAUCGUCCAAAGAAUAGGCCUGCUAUUAGGGUUCUAAUUCUUACACCAACAAGGGAGUUGGCUGUCCAGGUUCAUAGCAUGAUUAUGAAACUUGCCCAAUUUAUGACUGAGAUCAGAUGUUGUUUGGUUGUUGGUGGUCUUUCAACAAAGGUUCAAGAGGCAGCCUUGAGAUCGAUGCCAGAUAUAGUUGUAGCAACUCCAGGACGUAUGAUAGAUCAUUUACGCAAUUCUUUGUCAGUACAUCUGGAUGAGCUUGCCGUUUUGAUACUUGAUGAAGCUGAUCGGCUUUUAGAGCUUGGAUUUAGUGCUGAAAUUCAUGAAUUGGUUAAGUUGUGUCCGAGACGAAGGCAGACUAUGCUGUUUUCUGCAACUAUGACUAACGAAGUUACUGAGCUUGUAAAGCUAUCUUUGAACAAACCCUUGCGUCUCUCAGCUGAUCCAUCUGCAAAACGACCAGCAACUUUGACUGAGGAGGUUGUUCGUAUAAGACGAAUGCGUGAAGGAAAUGAUGAAGCAGUUCUUCUUGCAUUAUGCUUCAAAACCUUUACAUCCAAAGUUAUUAUUUUCAGUGGAACGAAACAGGCAGCACAUAGGUUGAAAAUUAUAUUUGGUCUAGCUGGUUUAAAAGCAGCCGAACUUCAUGGAAAUCUAACCCAGGCCCAGCGUCUAGAUGCCUUGGAACUUUUCAGGAAGCAGGAAGUAGAUUUUCUGAUUGCAACAGAUGUUGCUGCUCGUGGCCUUGAUAUAAUUGGGGUUCAAACAGUUAUAAAUUUUGCAUGUCCUCGUGACCUUACUAGUUAUGUUCAUCGUGUGGGUCGUACAGCCAGAGCUGGCAGAGAAGGAUAUGCUGUUACCUUUGUUACCGAUAAUGAUCGGUCUCUUCUUAAAGCUAUUGUUAAAAAAGUUGGUUCAAAGCUGAGGAGCAGAAUUGUUGCAGAGCAAUCAAUAAAGAAGUGGUCUGAAAUAAUUGAGCAAAUGGAGGAUCAAGUGGCUUCAGUUCUUCAAGAAGAAAAGGAAGAGAUGGCUCUAAGAAAAGCUGAGAUGGAGGCAACCAAGGCAGAAAACAUGAUCGAUCACAGAAAUGAAAUUUACUCACGACCUAAAAGAACUUGGUUUGCCACAGAAAAGGAGAAAAAGCUUGUAGCAAAGGCAGCGAAGGAAUCUCAGGAAAAAAGAAAUGGUUCUGGAAGUGAAGUGGUUAGUGCAGAACAAGCGGAAGAUUUGAAGAUGAAGGAAAAGAGAAAGCGACAGCAUGAGAAAAAUUUGCCUAGGAAGCAAAGAAGGAAAUUGGAAGCUGCUAGAGAGAUGCUAGAAGAGGAAAAUGAAGGAGAGAAGAAAAAUAAAAAAGAAAGAAAUGGAAUUUCCCUUGUUGAUGUGGCUUACCGUCGGGCUAAAGCAGUGAAGGCUGCAAAGAGGGCUGUGGAUGCUGGCAAGAUUGUCAAAAAGGCAGUUAAGAAAUCCAAGAAUCCUUCCCAAACGAAUAAAUCAAGACCGGAAGAGAUGCGGGAACUAUUUCAAGAUGACAUGAGUGCUAAAAAGCAGAAAAAUGUUCAGCGUGGAGGUGGGAAGAAGAAGUCCUCAUUCAAGAGCAAGUCACGGUACAAGCGCAAGUAG